AAUGCCUCUCAAAGUCGGAAGAUCGUCAACUUUACCUGUUUACAGUAGAGAAAAUACAAAGAGGUCAAAAAAAACGCCUAGAAGAGAGAAUACUAAGAUUGCUUUAGAAAUUGGAGGUAAAUUACCUGAAUUACCUCCCCCACCCCCACCAACUGGGUUAUCUACGAUUGGUCCCAGAACUGUGUAUGAUGGCGUUCCACUACGUUACGAACACAGUCGGAUCCCUUUCGGAAUUAAAGACGCUACACAUAAGGAUAUUGUUGAUUUGGGAAAGAGUUUAACAGAGAAAAUGACUGCAGAGGAAGAGGAAUCCAGAGAAAAUGCCGUUAGAGCUGCAGAAGAAGCCGUUUGGGCUGAAGCGGAAACGAUUCGUAUAAGGGCGGUUGAAAAAGCCAUUGAGUCGACGAAAGCUGAAUACGAAAAACUCUUAAAGAAAGUUGAAAAGCUACAGUCCAGCAAGGUAAGAGAAGCGGUAGCUAGAGCUGAAGCUAGGAUAGAAGAAGCCAUCUCUGACGCAGUUCAAGAAGAGAAAGUCAAUGGGGAAAGAAGGUUAAAAGAGGCCGUUGCCGAAGCUGAUAAAAGAUGGCUUGCUGAUUUGAAAAAGGCAGUUUUAAAAGCAAGAGAAGAAGAAAGGCAAGCGGCUGUCCAGAAAGCCGAAAUUGCAGCUAAAGCAGCAGAAGAAAAUACAAAGAAGCUACUAGAAGAGGCUGAAAAAAAUAAAUUAAUAGAAUUGAAAAAUCUUGAGGAAGAGUACCUUUACCAAUUGCAGGCGACAGACACUUCAGUUAGAGUACAGGAGGAGGCGGUUGCGGAAAUCAGGCUGAAAUGCCUGAAGGAAGAAAUGGAUAGAAAGUUGGUAGGGCUCAAGGAAAUCCUGGAUAAAGAGAGGCAGCUAUCCGAGGAAACCAAGAUAGAGAUAGAGAGAGUAAAAGACAGCAAAAAGAGGGUUGAAAAGGAGUUAAAGAAUGUCUACACAUCCUUUCAUUCUUUCGUUGAAAAUAGUAGACCUUACAAUAUCGGUCAAUCUGCAUUCGUCAUACCCAAGCUGCACACGAUUGAUUACGCAAUCGAUAAUACCCAUAAUAAUAUCUUACAAAGGAGUCUUUUGAAAACUCCUAGUCUGACGGAUUCAUCUAUGACUAAUGUGAAUUAG